AUGGAUAUCAUCAUUUGGUUUAUUUUUUUUAUUUUUAUCUUGUUAAUAUUUGCAUCUUGUUGGAUAUUUUAUAAAUAUUUUGUGAAAGCUAAUGAAUCAACUUUAUUAAUAGAAGUAACUUUUAUUUUGUCUUUAAGCACAAGUUUUAUCUUAGUUUUAUUUAUACCUAUAGACAUUUAUCUAGUUUCAAAUGGAAACUUAGAAAUUUCUAAUUUUGAAAUAAAUCAAAAAAUUGUAUCUAAAAUUUAUCAUUUUAUGUUUUGGAUUUUAAUAUUUCAAGCUUAUGUUGUUGUUCCUUUUUCCUAUUUUUAUUUAAAAAAUAAGGAAAAAGGGAAAGAACUUGAAUACAUUUAUGAAUUAUUGGAUAUGAAACAUACUGGAGAAUCAGCAGUUCUAUUUUUAAUGGGAUGUGUUGUUUUAAUAGGUGUAUCAUUUUGGGUUACAUAUACAAGUUAUGGUAUAGCUUGUUUACCUUUAUCAUUUUUACAACAAAAAGAUAUUGAUUACGAAAAAAAAGAAAUAGAAAAUCGAUUUAUUAAUUUAAAAGAGAGAGAGAGAAUCAUAAAAAAUAAAUACAAUUCAAAUAGUGAAGUAAAGGGAAAUGAUAAAUAUGAAAUUCUAAAAAUUGAACAAAUGAAAAGAGUGUUGAGUAGAUAUAAUUAUAAAUUACAAGAAGUAGAAAAAAUAUCAGAAUCGUGGCUAUCAUAUAUUAUAGGAAUAAUAUUUACUUUUAGAGUUAUAACAGGUUUAAUAUUCCUUUCAUUUUCAUUUAUAAUAUAUAUAUCAUUAUUAGCUUCAAUAAUUGAUAAAUAUUUUAAUUCUAUUUGUGCAUAUAAAUGCGGAUUUGUUCUUGAGCAAAUUAAUAGUAUUUUUAAUUUACUUGAUUCUGUACUAAUAUUCUUUUCAAGGUUUUUUCCGUUAGAUAUAUUAGUUAUAGCUAGUUUAGCUAUAUAUAUUUUUUGUUGUUCUUUAUAUGGUAUUGUAAAUGUAGGAAUACGAAUUUUUUUUAUCCCAAUUUAUAAAUUGAAACCUAAAAAGUCAUCUCCUGAGACUAUGUUAAUUCUUUGUUUUUUAAUUAUACAUAUUAUAUUGGUUCUAAUAAUGACCUUAUUGACAAUUGCUCCAAACUACAUAACUUAUGGAAUACAAAAUAUUAAACUAAGUGAUAAAUUAGGUUAUAUUAAAUGUUCUUUAAAGAAUGACAAAAACUCUUGUAAAAUGUCAGUGUUAUCUGUUUUUUUUAAUAAAAUAUUUUUUGGCAUUCCAUAUUUUGCGAAUAGUUACUUUUUUUCCAAUUGGAUAUUCUUAAUUAUGUAUACAUUUUCAUUUAUCCACCAUAUUUUUUUUAAGAAGAAAAGUUACCUUGAUAAUAUAGAUGAAUUAGACUUAAACAAAGAUAACUUUGAUGAAAAUAUGAAUUUGUUACCUUUAGAAAAACUAACCUAG